AUGCCUUACAUAAUCUACGUGCCAGGCUGCCCUCGCCCGUACAUCACAAAUGACCCGAGGAUCUACAUUGACGCCAAAGAAUGCUUCAAAUGGCCCGCUGAAUCGCGCCUGUACGCCGACGCCGAAUGCAAGAUGAUUCGCAAGGAAGAGGGCGAGAGGUUCCACGGUGAACGAAGAGCGGCGCGACUGGAGCAAUACUGGCUUGAGGAGCUUGCGCGACGCAAGAAGUCUGUGGAGACUGGCCCGACCAAGAUCGUUGAAAGCACUAUCAAGCAUGCGAAGAAUGACUCGGUUCAUAACGUAGUCGUGGAAGUGAAGGAACUGGAACCUCGGGAGGGCGACCUGCUUGCGUAG